CAAGGGCCCAGCAGGCUGCCGGGCUACGCCACCCACCAGGUGGGAGUCGCAGGUGCCGUUCUAGAUGAAAGCACUGGAAAGGUGUUGGUCGUACAAGACAGAAAUAAGACUACCAACGCGUGGAAAUUUCCAGGAGGUCUGUCUAACCCAGGAGAAGACAUUGGAGACACAGCAGUUCGAGAGGUUUUUGAGGAGACUGGCAUCAAGUCCGAGUUCAAGUCCAUCCUAAGCGUAAGACAGCAGCAUCACCACCCCGGAGCCUUUGGGAAAUCAGACAUGUACAUCAUCUGUCGCCUGGAGCCCUCCUCCUUCAACAUCAGCUUCUGCCAGCAGGAGUGCCUGAGGUGCGAGUGGAUGGACCUUGAUGAGCUUGCUAGGACGAAACACGCCACCCCUAUCACCAGCAACGUAGCUAAACUCUUACUGUACGGGUACCGGGAAGGCUUUGAUAAGAUUGACAUAACCAUGAGGGAGUUUCCUGCUGUCUACACAGGCCUGUUCUACAAACUAUACCACAGGGAGCUGCCCGAGUCCUACAGAAACAUUACACGAUAGCAACACGUUUCACAUUUCAUUCUAUUAAUAAUUUAGAGUUCUUACGGUAGUGUUACAUAGACCAUAUUAAUAUUAUCCACGGACUUCUUUUUAGGUAAUUAUUAGAAAGUAAUUAUUUAUUCUCUAAUAAGCUAUAGAGAUAUAAAUUAUUUUAAAAGAUAAAUACUGCUAGAAGUGUGCAUCAGAUCUGUCUUCCUUUACUCUUUAAAGCAAACGUAAG